AUGAUGACUGGCCACAUCAAGUAUUCCACGGGCUUGCGACUAGGAGUAAACAGAGUGGGGCAGGCACUUAAACGCGUUAAUCCACGCCAGCACCAUGAACGACAGACAUCCAUUACCCGCCACUUAAACCCUGUUCAAUACUAUGCCGAAUACUUUGGACACAAGCUCCAUCUUGAUCAAAACGAAAAGCUUAUUCGUUAUGGCGUGACAGAGGUUAUAGCAGUAGAUGGCUAUAGCUCCUUUAUAACUGCUACAUCGGUAAUGCCAUUGAAAAAUAAUAUCACCAUGUACAGGGAUGUGUUCAGGUUAGCUCCGACAUGAAAUAUAUAUUAUUUGCCGUGCACAUUUUUCAGGUAUAAAAAACUCUCAAAACUUCUCACUUGAAUUAAAAGGUACAAUUUAAUGAUACUCGUCAUCCACUUGUUCUAUUACUAGGGAAACCAUACUACGUCAUGGUUUGUUUGACCGAGUGAGAGUGGACCAUGGGAGAGAAUUUUAUCUAGUGCUGACCGUUCAGGAUCACUUAAAGGAGUUACGAAAUAAUACAUCUAGACAGCCAUACAUACAAACACAGUCAAAGCAGUACGUGGUAAUAUAGAGGGAAGGAGAAAUGAACCGGUUAUUUUCUAUAGUGAUCGGUCGGCGUGGACCUGAAAAACCAAAUUUUCGCGGGUUUUCUGAAAUAAGGUGUUAAAGAAGAUAUAACUCCUUAAGAGCAGGUUGAAAACCUGACGCUUUCAGUGCUGGCACGUCGUCAACAAUAGCUUCAGGCUGCAAGUCCUCCGCCAUGCACCCCUCUUUCCAUACUUAAACGGCAACUGAUUCUGCAUUCUCGUCCCCAGACCCUCCUGAGGGCCUCAGCACGAAGACCAGGAGGGUCUGUGACCCAGGAUUUGAAGUCCUAGAUUUUAGGACUUCCGGUUAUUUCCGAUUCAAAAGUAAGUUACAGGAUUCUCUUUUAAAAGCUUUGAAUCACCUAAAUUAACAGUCAUUGGGACUUCGGCAAGAGCAAGCGAACGCUAUUAGAAACGUUGUAAAAAAUCAGAAAUGACCGGAAGCCCUAAAAUCUAGGACUUCCGAGUCUCCUGAUCCUCGUGCUCUGGCCCCCAGGAGUCUUUGGCGAGUCUAGUAUUGAUAAGCUGAUAAGUAUUUGUUCUGCUUUUAUAAUUCUUAAUUAAAGAACCAUGCUGUGGAACGGCUCUGGGUAGAGGUUAACUGUCGCACAAACUAUCCUAUAAAGAGGGCACUCGUUCAAAUGGAAAACGAUGGUGUCAUUGAUAUGGAGGAUGAAGUAACAAAGUUCUGUGUCUCUUGGGUGGCGAAGAAAGUAGUGGAAGUAGGACUGAGCUACGUGGUCAACUCAUGGAAUUCACACCCCAUUCCAGGUAAGGAGUCCUAGUGUUAAAAAAAAAUAUAUAGCAAUAAAAAAAAAUAGGAAUAUUAAACGGACUAAAAUAUGUAGUGUUCCACUGGAUGAAACGCACGUUCGCGUAUGGCUCAGCUAUUGCUGUAAGUCGUUCGACUAUUUCAAUCGGUUGGCAAGUGAGUUGCCAAGGGAUAACCCAUUGAUACACGGGACAUUUUUAUAACCCGCGUGGGGAAUUCUCCCUAAAAUGAAUUAAGGAUAACCCUUCCGGAUUAGUCAUACUAUUUUUUUGAAAAAGUAAAAUUGAAACGUGAAUGCGAUUGUCUAUAGAUCUCUAACCGCAGAGACUUCACUUAAAGCGCAUAGCUAAUUUAUGUAUCUCGACAGUUUAGUCCAGAAGAAUAGCCGCUCAGAUCUGUAACUGACACCAACUUACUUUAGAAUUGUGCAGGUAAAGGUGUUCCACUACAACGACGAUUUACUAACAACAAGGCCGCUCCAGUUGACGGCAAUGCAGUACCAACAGUCGAAUUAGCUGUGCAGAUGUUUCGCGGAGAUCUGACUCAAGAACACUUCUUUGGAAGGGACCCUUUGGCGGCCAAUAUUUCAAAAGCAGAUGCUAGAGAAAGAGAGUUCACAAAAUACUUUCCGAGUUUCCAAGUAUUGUUUAAUGAAAUUGCCAAUACGAACUACAACCCUUUCCAAGAUGCUGUACUGUACUUUUUGAGGCUCACACAUUAUCUCGCUCGCGCUUGA